AAAGCUUCGCAACGGUAGAUAGAUUAAAAUUCAAACGUGAUAUAUUUGAAAGGGAAAAACACUUCGCUUAUUGUCAAUAAAAUAUAUCGUAUUGUGGUAUGUUAAUGUUAAAUUGUUAAUUGAAAUACACAAAAGGUGUGACAUGUCAUAAACAUGGAAAAGGGUAUUGUGUGGAUACGAAGCACAUGUUGAUUUAUACAAAUAUUACAUUCGAGGGAGAAUAUAAGGGGAAAAAAGGUCUGGAAUAUAAGGCAUAUAAAGGAUGAGUUUCGGCUAUUAUAAAAAGACAAGGUCAGCACCACCUCCGAAUUCUUACGGAUUCAAACAGGUAUCAUCCAAGGAGUUACAGGAAAUCGUCAAAAGAGUAUCAAAGGCCACUUACAGUGCGAAACUUCACACAGAGGAGCCAGGCCGGUUAAACAACUACGAGCACCUGCUAGCAGAAAAUGGGCGUCGAAGCGUUGCGUCCGCGUGCAGCAGAGGAACGCAGUCACGUGUGUCGUCAGCAAUGACGUCAGACAGCGGACAACAACCGCGAAGACUCACCGACAGAGAAAUGAGCAGACUUCUUCGAAGAUUACAAAGACCAACUACUGCCACUUCUGCGCACAGAUACAAGAAUGAAGAGGCGGAAAAUCUUAAGCAAGGAAAAAUAGUUCGCGCAAAAUCGGCAGACGUCAACAGUGACAAGAAAACUCUAGCCAAAUUACGACGCCCAACUACAGCAACACUUGCUAAAACAGUCAAUUCGUGCCAUUUGUGCUAUGAUCAUGAAAACAAAAAGAAACCGGAAGAGCUAGACGCAUUUGAUUAUGACUACAGUGACAACAAAGUUGUCCCUGCGGAGGAAUUAGACUUUAUCGUAGGACGAAUUACACAGCCAACUCUGUCAAGCUGUGGGGGUAUGAAUUUUUGUCAGAAGCUGCCCGAAUAUAUAGACGAAGUGAAAAUUCGAGAGAAUUUGCCAUUGCUAAGUGGUUUGCGGAGGAGUAAAAAUGUUAAUGAGAUUACUGCGCGUCUUUAUCCCGCCAGACGACACCACGGAUUUGCUCCCCAAGCGACGCCUAUAGCAACUUAUUAGCAUAUAAAACAAAGAACGAGUUUUUAUCACACACUUUUUUCUUUUAGAUACCCAAAGAGCUUUAUUAGUUUUAUAAUAAUAAACUACUAAGGCGUUCAGACCAAUUUAGAUCUGUUACUGUAGAAAAAAAGCCGAAAAGUAAAAUGGAUUUUAAUAUCGUAAAUAUCUAAAAAGAACGCUGUACAGUGUCCGUAGUGUAAAUGCCUCGUAAAAAGGCUGCUUUUUAGUUCAUACUUCGAGCGUAGAUAAGUAUAUAGAGACUUUACAUUAAAGAAAGGAUAUUUCGUGAGGAUAUACAUUUCGUGGAUUUUUAUUCUUUAAGAUUCAAUGAAUGAAAAAUUUAUUUGACCGUUUUGGUCAUUUAAUCGACACCGAAAACCACGAAAAUUAGUCCUUCCUCCGACGCAAAGCCGUACUAUGAAAAAGUUUACAGCUUUUCAGUAUUUGUUUAUAUGAAGGAAUUAGUACAUAAUAAGUAUUUCGAAAAUUUUGAAAUAAUUUUGAAAUUACUGCGUACGCACCGUCUACUGUAAAAUGGUACUUUUGCCUUUAUGGAAUUAUGGGUAUGUCUGAACUAGUUAUUUUUCUUUACUUUUUUCUCAAUAUUUCGUACUAAGAAAAAUAACUACAGAUCCACAGACACGUACGCCACGGUCGAACUUGUUUCCAUCAAAGAACUUGAAACGAGGUCAGAAACCGAUGAAAUUAGGGACAAAAAGUAGACAGUUCUGACGUUGUAGUGGUAUACAUAUGUGUAGGAGCUAGAAAAAAAGUAGAAUACAUACAUUUCUCAGGAGUCAGCAUCCAUCUUUUAAGCGUAACUUUUAAACGUUGUUUAGCCAGAAUAUAGUGUUUUUGACCUACCGAUAUCGAGCGAGGAUGUAGUCCGAGGUCAAAAUCUAGAGAACUGCAUAUUGCCUGAAACAAUAUGUCUUCAACACUUACAUUUUCUUUUUCGAUGUUUUAUUUCUUUUCACCUCCGCGUCGUGAAAAUCACAGCGGGAAAGUCACUACAGAUUUUCGCGGAGCCACACUUACAGCGCUUUUCACCAGUCGAAACGGAAUGUUUUCAGCAAGAUUCACUUCUUUGAUGGGUUGUCGGUCAAUAAUUUAUAAGAACGUAAUACAUGUAUGUUCUUGAAAUUGUUUGUUAUACUAGCUGUAAUAUGCAAUAAAAUAUAAAUUACUCUUAA